CAUGUACAAAUAAGUCAGCUGUUAUUAACUCGUGAGGUUUUGAGACACACCGACAGCACACUGCAACGAUGUGGUGCCGCCGAGUUUCCCUGUUCUUACUGCAUCUCGCCGCGGUGUUGUGUGAGCGGGUUUCAGCGCAGGGAGGUGGGGAGGACCUGGCGAACAUCGCCGCCUGUGACAGUGAGAUCUACUGUUCAGGGCGUCUGUUGGAGGCUGUCCAGAAUGCUCACGUCUUCAAUGAUUCCAAAACAUUUGUGGACAUGAAGAUGAAGUCAGACGGAGAUGAGAUCCUCCGCGCGUUCGACACGCUAGUGGCGGGUGGUGCUGACGUCACUUCCGCUGACGUCAUGCAGGAGUUCCUGCAGCAGUGGUUCGACCCGCCAGGGUCCGAGCUGGAGGUGUGGGAGCCAAGUGACUGGCGAGAAAGUCCCGACUUUUUAAACACCGUGGCGGACAGCAGCCUGAGGGAGUGGGGACAGCAGAUCCACCAGCUGUGGAACAGCCUAGGCAGAAAGAUAAAGCCAGACGUGCGGGACCGCCCCCAUCUCUACUCCAUGCUGUACGUCCCACAUCCUGUCAUAGUUCCCGGCGGCCGCUUCCGCGAGUUCUACUACUGGUUCGGUUUCAUCCCGAACGGAGGCCGUGUGUACUACACCCGCCGGAGUCAGCCUCCGGUCUUCACACUGGCCAUGCGGGAUUAUCUGGACAAAACAAGUAUGAAAGAAUACACCUUUCUCACGUGGCAGCAAUGUGCUGACCCUGCGCUGUUCCAUGCUGCCGUGGCGACAGCCUGUGCUGACCCUGCGCUGUUCCAUGCUGCCGUGGCGACAGCCUGUGCUGACCCUGUGCUGUUCCAUGCUGCCGUGGCGACAGCCUGUGCUGACCCUGCGCUGUUCCAUGCUGCCGUGGCGACAGCCUGUGAGAGCGAGCGGCUGGGACUUCUGAGGAGUGAUAGUGUCUCAUGUUGCUGUUCCUCCCCAGGUGCUGACCCUGCGCUGUUCCAUGCUGCCGUGGCGACAGCCUGUGAGAGCGGCUGGGACUUCUCGUCCCGCUGGUUCGGCUCCAGCGGUGACUUCUCCAGUAUCCGCACCACAGACAUCAUUCCCGUCGAUCUGAACGUCUUCAUGUGUGCCUGUGAGGCGGCGCUGGCAAACAUUUCUCUCCGCUUAGGGGACAGCGGCACAGCUGCUCGGUACCAGGCGGCGGUGGAGCGUCGCAGGACCGCCAUUGAUGCCGUCCUCUGGAGCGACCAAGAAGGCGUCUGGCUGGACUACAACUCAGUUACAGGACAACACACCAACAGGUUCUAUGCCUCCAACAUAUUCCCGCUGUACACCACGUGUUACGGCGAUGGCACCGCACGGGCAGACAUCGAGGGGAGGGUGGUGGACUAUCUCAAGAAGGAGAACGUGCUGAUCUACCCGGGAGGAGUCCCGACUUCCACGGUGCACAGCGGAGAACAGUGGGACUUUCCUAACGGAUGGCCUCCGAUACAGCACCUGGUGAUCGAGGCUUUGGCGGCCAGUCCUGUCCGAGAGGCGCGGCAGCUGGCUCAGGACCUGGCGCAGAGAUGGGUGAACGUGAACUACCGGCAGUUCGCCAGGACACAGGCCAUGUGGGAGAAGUAUGACGUGGAGACGGGGGAACAUCCGGGAAGUGGUGGGGAGUAUGACGUCCAGGUGGGCUUCGGUUGGACCAAUGGCGUUGUGUUGCACCUGUUGGACAAGUAUGGACACGUUCUACGGGCGCCCCCUGUCUCCACCGCGGCUGUACCGGUACUGCAUCUGGUGUCGCUCAUCCUCGGCCUCUCAGCAUUUGUUCUUACCGUCCAACUCUAGAUUUAGGUUCAUCAGUCAACAGACUCCUAGGACAAUGCUGACGCAAAUGUGCACAUGAUUGGAGUAAUUAUUGUCUGACAUUUCCCCAACAGUUUGGACUUAGAGUUGCUAAUAUUUUCACAGUGGUUUCUUUGUUGUGUGAGUUCGUUUCACCCUAAUAUAUCGUCAAAGCACUUCAAUUUGAAUGUGUGUCUAAAUGCGUUGAUAUUUUUAGACAAAAAUAUAAUCAGACAAAACAGCAACAAUAAUGUGAAUUUCUGAAAUGGAGUUUUCGUAUUAAGCCACACAGUACAAUUUUUUAUUACAAAAUUUAUGGACAGUUGACAUGGCAAUGUUUAGAAAUAAGGCACUAUGAAAGCGUUUGGCAUCAGUCAAAAUUAUUUGGACGUGAAUAAUCUAUGAUUUGUUUAUUGUCUGUCGUGUUACGGUUAAAUUGACCUAAAUGAUAUUGUAAAGCAAGUUAGGUUGGAAUAAACACAUUGGGAGACAAAUUAAGCCAUUCAAAAUGGAUUUUAUUAUGAAUAAUCAAGUGAUAUAAUUUCAGAGAUGAAUCGUUCAACUUUUAUAAUCUUCACUUGUGUAACUUCCUUGGCAGCACAGAAUAUGAAUUAUAAACGUACGACGAGGUGUAUAAAUUAAGAUUCCAUAGCUUUUUUUCAUUAUCACUUUAUGAAAUCGGAAUAAAAUGAUAUUUUUUUUGCAUUUG